AUGGGUUUGGCAAAGUCAGAAACAAAGAAAAACAGCUUGAGAUCCACGACAAAGCAAGAAAAGAAGCCUCAGUCAACGUUUCAAAGUUUAAAGCAGUCACUCAAACUCAGUAAUAAUAAGAAACUAAAACAGAACACUGUGCAACCAUCGAACGAUGCAAGCAAACAUGUUAAACAAAAAAAAAAUAGUCUAUCCUCGAAGAAUUCCGAGGUGCAAAGAAAAAGGAUAUCAACACAAAGGUUUUCAUUGUUUACAUAUGGCAAUGUUCAGGUUAUGAAUUCAUUUUUCCUCAUUCAUGGCGAUCCUCAAAGUAGCAGCAAUCAUAUUCGAAGAAGCUCUCAAAUCUCUGCAAAUGAUAUACCUGAAGCAAGUAGAGGCUCCUUUAAUGAUACACAAAGUCAAGACAGUCAAAACACUAUUAAAAUGAAACCUACAUCUUUGAUGGCGAAGGGACCAAUUGAAAUAUACCAGAUAUGUACGGGAUUCGAUAAGUUGAAGGACAAUAUAACAUCUGUCCAGAAGUUGAGCAAAGCUAGCAGUCACGAUGGUCAUGUGGUAAAUUAUUUAUCAAUAGGACGGCAUGGCGACAUCGUUCAUCCAGUGCUACCUAAACUACAAAUAACAAGAUUGAACGGGACAGGUCUCAAGUAUAUCAUUAGUUUUUACAAUCCAGAACGCUAUUGGGAAAUCGAAUUUCUGCCUUUGCCUAAUCAAACUCGACUCGAGCUGGAAGAAAGCGCUAAAGCUUUUGAAAACGUCGUCGGCAAGAUAUGCCAAUUUUCGCAUAUUAAUGAAGAACAUACUAUUGGGAACAAUGAGUCAUUGAGUGAUAAGUUUGCGGCAUUACCCACGUCGUAUAUAGAGACGCCCAAUAUUGAAAUCAGUGAUGAUGACGAUGAGCUAAAUUAUUUAUUGGAUGAGAAAGACGAGUACAGUUGCACAGAUAACAGUUUUUCAGUGGUAUCGAGUGCUUGUUCAGUCCCGAAUGCAAAGUUUCCGUGUUCCAAAGGUUCUACAGAUACCGCUUCAAUUUCCAUCAACGAAGCCUUCAGAAAUGCGAUCAGGCGAACGGCGCCCGCAUUAAAUAUUCCAAUAAUGGCUCCAAAUAUACAUUUAAAAAAACAAAACAAAAGGUAUAGUUCAUAUUCUUUUAUUGACUCUUCCGUAUAUUUGCCGGAUAGGCAUAGAAGGUUCGAGAGAAGGUCCAUAUCUGGAUUCGGUGAUCUUUGA